AUGAUGCGAGUACUUCGAAUUGUGAGGGUCGUCAAGAUCAUCCGGGUCAUGAAGAGUUUCGCAGAACUGCGGAUGCUGAUGUACAGCAUUGUGAGCUGUAUCAAGUCCUUGGUUUGGGUCAUCGCUGUCUUGGUUCUCAACAUGGGCCUCUUUGCGGUGCUGUUUACCUCAGCCACAGGAUCUGAACUCGACACCGGUGAGAAGCGACGCGAUCCAAAAUUUGAGAAGCUAGUGUCGACAUUUGGCACUUUGGACCGUUCAAUCAUACACCUUUACAUGGCCAUGACGGGAGGCACCGAUUGGAUAGAGCAGUACAAGGCUGGAGCUGUUUGGCAACUGCCCGUCAUUUACCACGGCCUGUUCCUGAUUUAUAUCACCUUUGGUAUUUAUGCGUUGGCCAACGUCAUCACGAGCAUUUUCCUUGAGAACGCCCGGAAGAGUAGCAAGUCAGACCGAGAGCAUGUUAUCCAAGAGGAGAUGCAAAGCAAAACGCAAUACCUCCGGGACAUAGAGAUGAUAUUUGCCGCCUCUUGA